AUUUAUUUCAGAAUAGAAAUUCCAGUUGCAUAAAGAUAUUUUUGGCUAUAAAAUAAAAAUGGAGAUACAUAGUUUUGGUGUAGAUCCGAUAACGUGUCAUGCUUGGAAUCAGAAUAGAACUCAACUUGCUCUGUCUCCAAAUAGCAAUGAAGUUCAUAUCUAUCAACAGGAGAGUGAUAAAUGGUCAUGUAUUGAUGUCCUAACACAACAUGAUUUACGGGUAACAAGUAUUGAUUGGGCACCAAACACUAAUAGAAUUGUCACUUGUUCUGCAGAUCGAAAUGCUUAUGUUUGGACUCAGGUGAGUGGCAAAUGGAAGCCAAUGUUAGUACUUCUACGCAUUAAUCGUGCUGCCACAUGUGUUAGAUGGUCUCCAAAAGGUAAGAUUUUGUCUUAAAAACAAAAAAUUAAC